CCCUAUUUUAGAUUUAUAUCAAUAAAUAAUAUUUCAUCUCUUCCUCUCCCAUACCCCUCCCAAAUCAAUCCAUCUCUAUAUAUAAUCUUCUCAGCUCACACUAAUCCUCAUCAAAAAAUCUCUAUCCAUCCACAACAACAACAAAAACUCAAGAACAAUAUCUCCACUUGAUCACUACCACAUUGUCCAAUCACUCUACAAAGCCUGUACGUACACAACAACAUUACCAUGGUGAAACAAGAACGCAAGAUCCAAACCAGCAGCACAAAAAAGGAAAUGCCUUUGUCAUCAUCACCAUCUUCUUCUUCUUCUUCAUCUUCUUCCUCGUCUUCGUCUUCGUGUAAGAACAAGAACAAGAAGAGUAAGAUUAAGAAGUACAAAGGAGUGAGGAUGAGAAGUUGGGGAUCAUGGGUCUCUGAGAUUAGGGCACCAAAUCAAAAGACAAGGAUUUGGUUAGGUUCUUACUCAACAGCUGAAGCAGCUGCUAGAGCUUACGAUGUUGCACUCUUAUGUCUCAAAGGCCCUCAAGCCAAUCUCAACUUCCCUACUUCUUCUUCUUCUCAUCAUCUUCUUGAUAAUCUCUUAGAUGAAAAUACCCUUUUGUCCCCCAAAUCCAUCCAAAGAGUAGCUGCUCAAGCUGCCAACUCAUUUAACCAUUUUGCCCCUACUUCAUCAGCCGUCUCGUCACCGUCCGAUCAUGAUCAUCACCAUGAUGAUGGGAUGCAAUCUUUGAUGGGAUCUUUUGUGGACAAUCAUGUGUCUUUGAUGGAUUCAACAUCUUCAUGGUAUGAUGAUCAUAAUGGGAUGUUCUUGUUUGAUAAUGGAGCUCCAUUCAAUUACUCUCCUCAACUAAACUCGACGACGAUGCUCGAUGAAUACUUCUACGAAGAUGCUGACAUUCCGCUUUGGAGUUUCAAUUAAUCCGACGGUCCAUAAUACAUACUUUAAUUAGUUUUCUAAAUCAUUUUUUAAAUUCUUUUUUAUAUAUGUAACAUAUAUUUACCCUCGUCGUAAUUAUUCAUUUCCAAGUUGUUUGUUGCUUGGAGAGAAUUGACGACGGAUACGAUUAUAUAAUAUAAUUGUAAGUUUUUAUAUGUAGCAAACUCGGUACAAUUCGGAUUUAAUAGGGAUCUAGGAAGUUCACAUGAACAAGCGACUCUUUUUUUUGUCACUUCUUUGACUUUUUCAUGUGAGGUUUCUUUUCAUCAAUUUUUUUUAACAAUGUGUGAAAAUAUUUCUGUAUUGUAAUGAUAUAUUUCGCACAAUAGUUUUGUGAAAUAAAUCUGGCGCUAUAUAUGAUUUUGUAUCAUUUUCUCCAACUCGUUUACUUGUAUAUAUGUGCCAAGUUGCUACCAAUAUGUGAUGAUUUUGCAAUCCAACACAUUAUCUUUGUUUUUUAUUCUUA